CCACGUCAUCGCUACACACACAAAACGCCUCUACCUUCACCCUUCAACCUAGUCUUUCACAAGACACAUCAACAACCAUGCUCCGAACAACCUUCCGCCAGACGGCCACCUUCCGGCCCGUUCGAUGCUUCUCUACCACCCCCCGCGUCAUGACCGAGGGUGCUACCGGUGCUCCUCCCAAGACCGGCGGUCCUGGUGACGCCUUCCAGCGACGAGAGAAGGCCAACGAGGAUUACGCCAUCCGCCAGCGCGAGAAGGAGAAGCUCAUUGAGCUCAAGAAGAAGCUCCAGGAGCAGCAGCAGCACCUCGAGCGCCUCUCCAAGCACAUCGACGAGAUCACCAAGGAGCAGGGCGGCGAGCAGAACUAAACCUCUCAAAUUUUCCACCACAUCUUCGUUUACCGGAAAGGUCGGGCAAAGCUUUGCGCGGGGAAAGCCACUCAAUUGCGAGAGAUUUUAUUUCGGCUCGGCAAGACAACAAUCACCAACCAACCAAAACACAAUCACGAUCGUCGACUCGAUGGGAUGGAUACGAUAUGAAAUGAAAUGACACAUCAUCCAGAGGUUCCCUUUUUCCACAGUCUAAACUAGUGUACAAGAAACAUUCACGCAUCCGCGCACUCUACAAGUUCCGCAUCGCAUCGCAUGUACCUCCCACGUCUCAUCUCGUCUUGAUUGCUCUCCAACCAUGUCUGUCUGUGUGACUUAGUCUUCCAUCUUGCUACUACAGAAUUACAUAGAGUCCUUGCCCAAA